CCAGCUCCACCCCCAACAACUGCCUACCGCAGGGCUGGGACUCCUAAGCAUUUUCUAAGGGAGGAGCAGGUUAACAUCCUGACCUUCCCUCCAAGACUGGUGGCCGAGCAACUGACAGCAAUGGAUGUGGAGCUGUUCAAGAAGGUGCUGCCCCACCAGUGCCUGGGCUCCGUCUGGUCCCAGAGGAGGAAGCCUGGCAAGGAGCACGUGGCCUCCACUGUCAGUGCCACCAUCAGACAAUUCAACCACGUGGCCACCUGUGUGAUCACCACCUGCCUUGGGGACCCAAGCAUGAUGGCCCAGGACAGGGCCAAAGUGGUGGAGCACUGGAUUAAGGUGGCCAAGGAGUGCAGAAGCCUAAGGAACUUCUCCUCCCUGCACGCCAUCCUCGCUGCUCUGCAGAGCGUGGCUGUCCAUCGUUUGAAGAAAACAUGGGGGAAGGUUUCCAGGAAGCGGGCACUGACUAUGAAACAACUCUGCAUGAAGGACAACAUCCUGAGCAGGGAACAGUUCAUCAAGCCUUCCAGGUAUGCCACUCUGAUGUCCCAUGUCCCUGGAUCCAAGCUCAGGCUGCCCAAGAAGUGUGUUCCCUUCCUGGGAGAAUACCUUAAAGAUCUGAAGGUGAUGGACAGCAUCAUGGAGGAUGAUCAGGAGGUGCAGAGAGUUUUGGAGGAGAUAGUGCUGCUACAGGAGGCUGCACACAAAUACCAAAUAGAGCCUGAGGGGCCAUUCCAGGCCUGGUUCUGGGCCCUGAAACGGCUCAGUGAAAAUGAGAGUUACAUCUGGUCCUGCCAGCUGGAGCCACAGUCCUAGGUGGCCAGGGGAAUACUCACCCACGGAGGCCAACGA